AUGAAGAGAAAAGCAGAAGAUCAAGAAAUAACACUAGGCCUUUUAAAUUUUAACUAAAUUAAGCAACCUGUUGGAAACCUAUUUUGUAAGACGAACAUUUACUCUCUUAAAUACUUAGUUGAUCAGUUUUCUUCUAACCCAAGCUUGCUGAGAUAAAAACUUUUGAAGUAUACUAAUCUCCAUCAGCCCUACUUCUUUGACAUCUAAAUUGAAACUGAUUUUAUGAAUGAAGACGAAAUAUAACAAGAUGUUGGUGAAAGUUUAACUAUCAAUUUACAAUAGAAGCUCUCAACUACAACUGGUAAAAAAAGUGUUAGCAUAAAUUUUGAUAACAUAGUUAAGGACAUUUCGGAUGAAGAAUAUGCUAAUGUGAUGCUUAAAAUGCUCGAAGUAUUAGGAGUCACUAUAGAAACAAGAAUCAGAAAUUAUUUGAAUGAAAGCAGUCCUUUGCCAAAAGAGCUCUAUUUGGAAAUAAAAAAUAUGUUAGCAUUAAAAACUAAACACUUCUUCAUCAUGAACAGCAAGUCUUGCCACGAAUUUUUCGAAGAGAAAGAGCUUGAAGAAUACUUUAAACAAAGAUAAGUAUUUAUGAGUUAUUAUGAUAAAAUUAUUGAAGAAAUAUAUACAAUCUAUUUGUAAAAGCUUUUCAACCCAAAAAGUAAAGAAUAGAUUUAGAGUUCCAUUGAAGAAAUUGUUUCCAUUAUCGAUUAAGCUUUAAAUUCGUAGCUAUUAUCAGAACUUAAAAUCAAUGAGGACACCAAAUAACUUCGCUUCUUUGAUUACCUAACUUUUAAAGAGCAAAACAAUCUCACACAACUUAGAGAAAUGUUCUUGCAAAGUUAAGAGUAUUUUUGUGAGCCUUUAAAAUAACUAAGUGAGAGAUAAUUCUUCUUUUUCAGAGAGCAAGUUAAGUUUAAUGAAGAUGAAGAGAAAGAUAAAUUCUGCUUUUUUUCUUUUAGCAAUGGUCAUAUUUUUAAGUACACUGAUUUGAUAAAAAAUUCAAUCUGCUCACUGGCUAACUGCAGAGGAGGAAUAAUGUUUUUUGGAAUCCACAAUCUCUCUCAUAAAAUUGUGCCUAUCUCACUUAAGGAAUUAUAUGAUUAGAAUGUAAUAGGAUAUUUGAAUAAAAUAUUCCUUGAAGUUCAUCCAAAGCCAAGCCAUUAAAUCAAACUGUUGAGUGUUGUCAACUAAUUCAAGUGUGCUUACAGAGAAGUCUGUAAAAGUGAUUAUAUUAUCACCAUAACAAUAAAUCCCAGAAAGGCUUAGGAAAUAUUUUAUGUGUAUAAAAACUAAGAAAAACAAUACAACAUAAGAAAUACUAAUUUAAAUCAGAAACUUAAGAGCGAGUAGGUUUCUAAACUAAAAGAAAUGAGAGCUAGUGAAACAGAUGAGCCUAACUUAUAUGAUUAUUUGGAGUUUAAUGAUACUUUUUGUCCUUAGGAAUAUAGAUAACAUUUAUAACUCUUAGUUAAGCAUUAUGAUAUAAGUCCAAUUAAAAAAACAGUUGAGUUUGAAGCUAAAAAAAGGUACAGUGACGAUUGCUAAUUGGCAGAAAAAAAAUAAUUUUAUGAUAAUGAGAGACUGGCAAAAUCAAAUGAGCAUUCAAAUAGAUAUAAUUAAAAUUCUGAAUUUAUCCUCAAAAGAACCAACAAUUUUGCAAAAAGUUAUUAGCAAUAGCAGAAGAACAACUAAGAAGGCUGUCUUAGUAUUUUUGAUAAGAAGAACAAUUCAGUAGAUGAAAAUUAUCCUUAGGUCUAGAAUUUUGCUGAUUAAAACAAUAAGCAAUUAUCUAAAUUAAAAUAGAAAAACAAAGAAUAAUUUUUGUAGAAUCAUUUAUUUGGCUAACUUAGUGCUUGGAGAUUCUAAAUAUUAAAGUAAUUUUUGGAUUCAGAAACAAAUGUUUCAUUCUAAGAUUUCUUAAACACCUCUAUUAUGAAAAAAUAUGUAAGCCUGUUUAGUUAACUAAAUUCAAAAAAUACAUUUAUCGUUUAUAAAAUUGAUGGCUAACACAGAAUAUCUUUCAAGGAUGCUGUCGUUAAAACUUUCAGGGAAAACAAUAUUGAUAUGGAGUAUAUAGGUAAUCUCUACAACUUCACUAUUUUGAAAAUAGAUAAAGAAAAAAGUUGGUACAAAAUCGAAAAUCUAAUCACACCAAUAACAAUUUUAUUUUCGUUUAAGAAUAAGGCUUAAUAAGGCUUUAAUUAUGAUCAUUUUGAAAUCAAAAAUACCUAUGACCCAUUAGAAGCUAAGGAAAUAUUAAAAACCCUCUAUGAUUACCUAGGUGUAGAACACACAGUGAAUUAUGUCAACCAUAAAUUAUAUGUCUGCUUUCCUAAAAUGCAAAAUUUUAUUUUUGGCUUUACCGUUUUUCUUCAAAUUAAAAAAAUGCUCGAAUAUGAUGAAUCAACAAAUAAGGUUUACACCAGCUUUAAUUAUUUCUCUAAAGUUUGA